AAUGUCCCGAGAAGAUUAUUUAUACACUCAAAUGGUUAUACCCGUGUCAAAACAAACGUAUUUUAAUAUAAAACAAGCGAGGAGAACCGAUAAACUAUGUGCAUACGAUAUGCUUUACCAUCCACCUGACUACAACCAGAAAUCGGCAAGAUCGGACAGGCAGGAACCGAAAAUUAUAAGAAAAAAUAUUUGGGAUCAAGAAUAUCCUAAAGGGAUAGCUUCAACAACUUACUUUCAACUCGGACGGCCGAAGUGGAAGCCAAUAGAUUUACCAACAAAGGAAUUUGUAAGAAUUCAAGCGAAAAACGAAAAUCCACACAUGCGUAUUUACAACAUUUUGGAAUGGGCUACACUGAUAAAUGAAGGCAAACCAAGUCUAUGCGACUGA